CCCAGCAACCUCAUUCGAGAAACAAGAAAAACUUACGCCCUACCUCUAAAACAUGACAACUACGCCCUGUCUCACGUUCACGUACACGUACACGCCCAACUUUUCCCCCACACACGCCUAACCUCAACUAUGCAAACCUCAACUUCGCUCACAACAAACCAAACCAAACCAACCCCAAAAAACAAAAUAAAAACAAAACUAAGAACCCCGAACCUCCUCGUAGAAAAAGAAAAAAAGAAAGAAUCCCCUCCAUUGCCCCCCUUCGUCCCUACAAAACUUUCUAAACUGAGAGCGAUAGCCUCCCUCUCUCUCUUCAUGUACAUUGUUCUCCCCUCUUUCAAAUACCAAUAUCCCAAAUCCUACCUAACACACACAAAUCCCAUGCCUCCAUGUGGAAAAAAUUGAAUAAAUAAAACAACACCACAAAACAUAAACAAACCAAAACAAAAGAAGAGAAAGAAGCACGCAAAGAAGAGGAAAGGGGAAUGAGUCAGAUUUCGAGAGAGCAUUCCAUGAAUUCAAUCAUUGAUACUUCAAUUCAAAUAUAUACAUAUGUAUAUAU